AUGUUGACGGUAACAAAGGACCACCUGGCUAACGACGGCAAGAUCUCCUGGCUUGCCAACCUCGACACCGCCGUGCAGCCGGAGAGGAAUUACCGCCGCUCCUCCAUCAUCUGCACCAUUGGGCCCAAGACCAACUCGGUCGAAGCCAUCAACUCGCUGCGCCGGGCGGGUCUCAAUGUUGUUCGCAUGAACUUCUCUCACGGUUCAUACGACUAUCAUCAGAGCGUCAUCGAUAAUGCUCGCGCCGCAGAGAAGGCCCAAGGGGGCCGCCCGAUCGCUAUUGCCCUCGACACUAAGGGUCCUGAGAUCCGAACUGGCAACACCAAGAACGAUGAGGAUAUUCCCAUCUCUGCGGGCAAAGUCCUGAACAUUACCACGGACGAGCAAUAUGCCACCAGCUGCGAUACCGACAACAUGUAUGUCGACUACGCGAACAUCACCAAGGUCAUCGAGCCUGGCCGUGUCAUCUAUGUCGACGAUGGUGUCCUCGCCUUCGAAGUCCUCAGCAUCAAGGACGAGAAGACUGUCGAGGUGCGCGCCCGCAACAACGGCUUCAUCUCCUCCCGAAAGGGUGUCAACCUCCCCAACACGGACGUCGACCUGCCGGCCCUGUCCGAGAAGGACAAGGCCGACCUGCGGUUUGGCGUCAAGAACAACGUCGACAUGGUGUUCGCCUCGUUCAUCCGCCGCGGCCAGGACAUCAAGGACAUCCGCGCGAUCCUCGGCGAGGAGGGCAAGCACAUCCAGGUCAUCGCCAAGAUCGAGAACCGCCAGGGCCUCAACAACUUCCCCGAGAUUCUCGCGGAGACGGACGGCGUCAUGGUGGCGCGUGGUGACCUCGGCAUCGAGAUCCCCGCGGCCGAGGUGUUCGCUGCGCAGAAGAAGCUGAUCGCCAUGUGCAACAUGGCCGGCAAGCCCGUCAUCUGCGCCACGCAGAUGCUCGAGUCGAUGAUCAAGAACCCCCGUCCGACGCGCGCUGAGAUCAGCGACGUUGGCAAUGCCAUCACCGACGGCGCCGACUGCGUCAUGCUGUCGGGAGAGACGGCCAAGGGCAGCUACCCGUCCGAGGCGGUCAAGGAGAUGCACGAGACGUGCCUCAAGGCCGAGAACACGAUCCCUUACGUCGCCCACUUCGAGGAGAUGUGCACGCUGAUCCGUCGCCCCGUGAGUGUUGUCGAGUCGUGCGCCAUGGCAGCGGUCCGGGCCUCGCUGGAUCUCAACGCCGGCGGCAUCAUCGUGCUCUCCACGUCGGGCGACUCGGCUCGCCUCCUCUCCAAGUACCGACCCGUCUGCCCCAUCUUCAUGGUGACGCGCAACGGCCCGGCGUCGCGCUACGCCCACCUGUACCGUGGCGUCUACCCUUUCCUCUUCCCCGAGUCGAAGCCCGACUUCAGCAAGGUCAACUGGCAGGAGGAUGUCGACAGGCGUAUCAAGUGGGGUAUCAAGCUCGCCCUGGAGCUCAACGUGAUCAACGAGGGCGACACGGUGGUGGUUGUGCAGGGCUGGAAGGGCGGCAUGGGCAACACCAACACCCUGCGCAUUGUCAAGGCCGACCCGCAGCACCUCGGUCUCGGCGAGCUCUAGAUUGGGCCGUGCGAAAGCCGAAAGGCGGAAGCCGGACGCCGGAAGCCGAAAGCCGAAACGCGCGGGAAAUUCGUCGGAAAGCACAAACGGAGAAAGAAAGGGUUAUGAUCUUGGGAAAAUGGACGCGAUGAGAUGAGGUCGUUGGGAUAUCCCCUUGAGCAAAUUAGACAUGGGCCGGUUUUUGUCUGCAAUGAUUAUGAUCUUCUUUUUUUUCUUUUCUUUCCAAGCCAUAUCGUCGCGUCACCCUGGGUGUGUUGUGAGGUUCCACCGGGUAGGUCUCUGUUGCUUCGUGCGUCGCGUGCGUCGUAUCGUUCCUGUGGUGUCGUCUCAUGGUCGCUGUCGUCGUCCUUGGUGGUUUUGGUCAACGUAGUGGAGGAGGCCCCUAUCCAAGUUCCACUUCUCAGAGAGACAAUACAGAGGAGAACAUGAGCACCGAAAAAUAGAGAAUACCUUGAGUCCCUACCGCAAUUGAAACGGCCAUAUUCGUACUCGACCUCGU